AUGGUGCAACGGGUUGCCGUUAGAUGUGGUAUUGCCGGUGAGAAGGCUGAACCCAAAGCCGUGUGGGCAGCCACCGAUUUACCCACUCGUGCAUGUAUUGCUUAUCUCCGUCAAGAAGCAGCGCGGCUGGUGCUCAAAGGUUGUCAAGGAUGCAAAUCAAUAUGGGCCGCAGUGGAUAAACAACUCUCUCAGUUGCGAUUGAGGCGGGACAAGGACUAUACUACGGCCUUCUACCAAAUCAUUUAUGACAAAGAUAAAGUAUUAUUCCCAGGGGAAGUUUGGUUCAAAACCCUGAAAGCGCGCAAACCCAAAGUUAAGUUGGACAUGCCUUCCGACGAGGCAAUCAUGGCGCAGAUUCCUCGAGGGGCGGGCAAUGGAGGGACACCUCCAUCCAACCUCAAUCCACAACCCAAUUAA